CGAAUGCGUCAUUCUAACAUGCGGAAGUGAAAGCGCUGAAAGCGUUCAUAUUUUUUUCUUAAGCUGGUGAUUAACUCGCAAUAACAGUAUAUAAAGACUUUCUUUACAGCAUCGUUAAUAUGUCUGUCGCAAACCCGAAACAAACAAUAAUGAAUCCAACGGUUCCUUAUGCUGGUACCAUCCUGGGAGGACUUCAACCCGGAGAGAUGGUGCUCAUUCAGGGCAGUGUUCCCAGUGAUUCAGACAGAUCAUUCAUGGACAAGGGACACACAAAACUGCUUUAAAGGCUUUUUAAAAGGCAUCGUAAAAGUAAAAAAUAACAACGGCAUGACAAAAAUGCGAGUCCGGACAGUGAUAAACAGUGAAAUAUCUCGUAGAUUUCAGGUUGAUCUGACCUGCGGGAGCAGCACGAAGCCUCGGGCAGACGUGGCCUUUCAUUUCAAUCCUCGCUUCAAGCGGUCUCCAUACAUUGUCUGUAACACCCUGCAGACGGAGCGCUGGGGGAAAGAGGAGAUCCACUACUUGAUGCCCUUCAGACACGGAGCUACCUUUGAGAUCAUCAUACUCGUCCAGAAAGAUUUGUUCAAGGUGGCGGUAAAUGGUUCUCACCUGCUGGAGUACAGGCACAGGAUAGAGCUCAAGAAGGUGGAUACCAUGGCUGUAUCAGGAAAAGUUCAGAUUCAAGCCAUUGGGUUUAUUCCCAGUUCAGCGAGCAAGAGCUCUAUAACGCCUUCAAAUGCAGUUGCAAGCAAAAGAUCAGAGCCUCAUUCAGUCAUGUCGGAGUCAGGUGAUAUGUGUCUUCCAUUUAAGAGCAAGCUUUCGAAAGGAUUGAGUCCAGGAGAUUCCAUUAUGGUGAAGGGGCAGAUCUCUGGUUCCCCAGAGAGUUUCGCUGUAAACCUGCGCAUCAGUAACUCGGAGGACAUUGCUUUUCACCUAAACCCUCGUUUCAAAACGGGUUCCUUCAUUAGAAACUCUUUCCUGUCUGGUUGUUGGGGGGUUCAGGAGACCUCCCUCCCCAGCUUUCCCCUUUCGCCCGGGCAAUACUUUGAGAUGAUCAUCCUAUGUGAGGCUCAGGAGUAUAAAGUGGCGGUAAAUGGCUUCCACCAGCUUAAUUACAAGCACCGCGUGCAGGAUCUGCAUUGCGUGGAUGUGAUCGAGAUCUUGGGAGAUCUAGAGCUCAUGGAUGUGAAGAUGUGGUGAGCGCCUCCCAGCUUGAUGACCAUUCCUGCAUUUCCUCCAUUUCCUCAAAUUAUAAUUUGAAUUUGGUCUAAAAUGCUAGACCAGGGGCCUCAUUUAUAAAAUGUUGCGCAGAAACCAUCAAAAUUUGAUCUUAUUUUAAAAUUUUUCUGAUAUGUAUGUAUGAUUCAUAGAAUGAACGUGCGCCCAGAUGGCUCUCUUUUAGAAGUGAAAUCUAUGAAUCGCAAAUGAUCUUGAAUGCAAAUGAAUGGUUUGCUAAUUAAUAUCCUUAACACCUAAAAUAUUCCCAAUCAUCAUAAUUCAGAGCAGCGAACUGCAAGAACAGCUUACAUUUUCAAAAACCUGCAACACUCCGACAAUAAAAAGUGACGUGUCGCUGAGCACUUUUCCACAUCAAAGACAGUUUUUGUGAAUAUGAGUGGAACUACGAUCAAAUCGGAUCUUAUACACAUUGUAUAAAUGAGGUUCUUGGUGUGGAGUUACCCAUGACUAAGAUAAACCCCAUUUGUUGACUAUUAGUUGAGGAGAUGAUUUAAACUUGAUCCUGAAUGACAACGAGUUGAUUUCAUGACUUCUUCUAAACGUGGUUGCAAUGGGUCAAAAAAGGUUGCAGACCCCGAAUAUAACAGAUGGACGGAAAAAAAUACCAUCUGGCAGGAUGUUAAUGGUUGUGCGACAGUAAUUUUACUGUCUGUCUAGCCAUUUGUUUUCCGAAUCAUUCCAAUCUAAUUCCAGGCAUUUGGAAAAUUACAGAUUGCAGCUUUAAAUUUUACACUGUUAGGGCAAAAACAGGUCUGAAAAACACCCAUCCAUUAACCGUCUCAAUCACGAGUAUGAUAAUUGAAGUUGAGUUUCCUUUCUGCAAGAGGUGUAAUUUUUACAUUAGAUGAAGAAAAUUAUUUGCUAAUGCAAGCCUUGCACUAAUGCAUUCGACUUGGCAUGAUGGCCUUAUAAAUUAUCAAUAAUCAUGUAACCACUAGGUUCCAGAACUAAAGACAAGCACUUUUUAUUUGUGGUUUAUAUUUAUUGUUAGCAACAGAACUAUGCAACAUUCCAGCAGCCUCAGUCGCUUUUUACUACUAGAAGUUUUAAGAAUUAUCUGGUAAUUUGUGAAAUAUAUGUGUGUGUGUGUGUGCAUAUAUAAUAUAUUUAAUUAAAAAUGUGUUUUGUUUCUCUGACAUCUGUUGUUCAAUGCAUUAAAGUUAAGCAAUAUUAUAAAAAUAAUAAUAAAAAUGUAAUAUAUAUCUUUUGCAUUGUCUAGUAAUUAUGGUUGUUUUGUACAUUAUAUGUAUGUAUGUGUAUAUGUAUGUAUACAUUUUAAUGAGACAUGUAAACAAAGACAAUCACUUUUUUUUUUAAAAGUUGUGAAUUUAUUAACAUCCACAAUAUUUCACUUUUGUAGCUUAAAACCAGUAAACUGCUUUUUGGCACAUAAUCACAUGACCGUAAUGUGUUGGCACCUGGUUUAAAUUUGAUGCAAUAUAUAACCAAAUAUAUAACCAAAGCAUAAUUAUCAUAGAUAAUACCACUAAUAUCAUCGACAUAACCCCAGAGAGAGAUAAAGGCAGUGACGUCGCGUUAAAGUUGUCUGUCUCUAUCACUGUAUGACCAAACAUAUCAGACUUCGGGACAGAUGAGUUAGUGAGAGUCUGAAUCACAGGCUGUACAAACAGACGAACACUGAAGUGAUUCUAUGCCAUAUCACCAGCUCAGGUAAUACUACUGGAGGACCACAAAUGAACAGAUCACACAGGAACACUGUCCAUAAGAAAUGAUCCCGCUUAUUGGCUGACUGACAGCAAAGAAAACCGCGAAGCCCACUUCUAGAGCACAACAGUCAGCUUUCAUAAGUAAAAAAUCCCAUUUACUUUCUCCGUAGACUAAUUGAAUUUUAACCCCAAUAGCACGUAAACCUUUUAAGAGGCUUUUGAACUUUAAGAGAUGAUAUGUGCUGCUGUAAAAACCAUAAGUCUGUGAUUUCAAGGUCUUUUUUUAAAAGGUAUUUUUAAUAGCUGAAUUCCCUUACACCAUAAUCUUAACUAGAAAGAAACCAAUCAGAGGACUCAUUGUUACUAUGGAAACAUAAAUCACUGCAAAAGAGCUCAGCAACAAUCGACCACUGCAAUGCAGCACCGUGAAUGAGGGAGUCACAAUAUUUUGUAAUGCAGUUCAGAUAUAUUGUUUCGUAUUGAACCGUAAUUCCUUAUUUUGAUUGCGUCGUUCACAAUGCUUCAUGGGACGAGCAGCUCAUGCCCUCUUUAUAUUUUUUCUGAAGCCUGAAUUUAUAAUGAUUCAUAUCAGAGCUGGUUUGUUUAGUUUAAGGCUUUGAUUUCCGCAUUGAAGAACUUUAUGAAAUCUCAAUAAAAAAACUGAACGGGAAAAAUACUUGAACGUAAAAGUGGGUGGCUACUGUUGUGCUCCACAGAGAUGGAAGCUUAUUUCUCCCACAGAAAAAAAUUAUUCAAUUAAUGACUUUUGAUCUUUAGAAUUGCGAGUUCAUAUUUCGUAAUUCUAAUUUAGAAUUCAGAAUUACAAAUUUCUAACAAUUCAGAUUUUUAAUUAUAAAUUGAAUUAUAAACUUGGACAUCUCACAAUUCAGAUUUUUUUUUUCUACAAUUGCAACUUUACAAAUUUGAUUUAUUUUUUUAUUUUUUUUUCUAGGAAUCACAAGUUCAAAUCUUACAGUUCUAACUUUUUUUUUUUUUUUUUUUUUUUUUUUUU